AUGGCGACCGACAAAGUAAGCUUGAAGCUUCUGGUCGACAAGAGCAGCCAAACGGUGCUCUUUGCUGAAGCAGGCAAAGAUUUUGUCGACUUCCUCUUCUACAUCCUUGCGUUGCAGGUCGGAACGGUGAUCCGGCUCCUCGUAAAAACCGGGAUGGUGGGCAGUUUGGGCAAUCUCUUUGGUAGCGUCGAGAAGUUGAACGAUGUGUACGUCAAAUCUUCCAUGAAGGACGUUCUCCUGAAACCCAAAGCACUCGCCUUUGUCUCCCAACUGCCAUGUCUAUUGCCUAAGACUUCGUCUUCAGAUUCAACCCCAAAAUCCUACUACAGGUGCCCUAGCUGUGAGUACGAUAACUGUUGGAACUAUGUGGCUGAGGACUGUUCUGCAAUAUGUCCUCAUUGCAGAAAUUCCAUGAACCACAUAUUCACUCUCGUCAAAUCACCGGCUGGUAACCCGACGGCUGCUGCGGUAUCAGCAGCUGUAUCGAACGGUCAGGGCGGUUUCGUGCAAGGGGUGGUGACGUACAUGGUGAUGGACGAUCUGGAGGUGAAGCCGAUGUCGACUAUUUCGAGCAUUACUUUGCUCAACGAGCUCAACGUGAAGGAGAUUGGGCAUCUUGAGGAGAGGGUGGUCAGCCUGGGAAUGGACGAGGGUAUAAAGCUGCCGAGGGCUUCAUUGCACUCCAAGAAGGUUCUCACCAAUGUCUUCCUCGGGGAGAAGUGA